AUGACCCUCAAUCUCGUCGGCCUCAAACCAAGACUCUACAUAGAAGAGUUGUACAUUCCAGCCCUCAAUAAAUCCACAAGGUACAACACCACAAGCCUCAACACCUCUAUUUUUAUGGACCUAAAGUUCAAUAGAGUGUUGGCCAUGGUUGCCCUAAGCUACCAAGAUGUCAACAUUACUAUUUUUUACAACUCGACCGGCUACUUCGCCACGAUCCCGAAAUUCGACCAAGGCGGGAAGAGGACGGUCCGUCGGAAAGUAGUGGUGGAGGCUCGUACGCUGCCUUGGGAGGAUGUGUUCGAAAAGGUUUCCGGUGGCUCCAUGGUGGUCUUCACGGUGGUGGUAGCCACGAGGUAUAGGCUCGAGCGGUGCGAUUACGAGGGUGAUUGCAGCUACACAAGGCCAAAGACCCUAAUUGUUGAAGGUGAUGUGUGGGUGGAUGGAUUUGGUGAGAAAGUUUCUAGUAAACCUAUAAGACUCCAUUGA